GAGUGAGACACCGGCAACGAAGGCGUUUGCAGCAAACGCGUCUGAUGCUUCCACAGCAAACGCGGUGCUGCCGAAGCUUCAUCUCUGUGGCCGUGCACGGAACCUCUCACGUGAAUUGCGCUUAGCGAAGAAAAACCCCAAACUCCAAGAAGUUCGACAAGCGCAGGAGGAUAUCAUGGCAAAGGACUACGAAGCCAAGCGAACAUGGGACGAAUCGACCAAAUUUCUCGCCAUUGGUGGCCAAGCCACCAUGGAUGUCGCCAGCAAAGAGAUGGCGCUUGCGAAAUCGGAAGCUGACCUUGCAAAAGCAAAGGAGCUGUUGUCCCAAGCAAAUGAAAGUAGCGGUGCGCAUCUGCGGAGAGCAGUCCAUCUGGCAGAACGGAAAGUUGUGCAAGAUCGAUGCGCCGUUCAGAAGGCUCAGGAACUCAAGCAGAUCGAUGCGCAGCGAAAAGAACUACAACAGGAACGGGAGAAGAACGAGCAGCAAAUGCGCGAAGCUUUGGGAAAGGUGAAGGCGCUGAACAACGAGCUUUCUAGGGCUCAAUGUGACUUGCGAGCUCCCUUUAUUGCAGUGCGCUUCAAAGACAAACAGUUCCCAGAGUCUGGAUAUUUGGGAGCUUUAGAGGAUGCUUUGGACACUGAGUGGUUUCACUUCCGGUGA